CAGAAUGCAAAUUUUGCCUGAAAAUUGGUUUUUAAUGGUUAAGUUAAACCAUGGAAGUGAUUAUUGAGAAAGUUGGUAGAAUCCUUUUUAGUAGGUAUAUUGAAGCAAAGGCAGGGCAUAACUAUCAAGUCUGUUUUUAGUUUAUGUGCCACCCAAUGCUGAACAAUUCUGAACGUUGCACAAAAAACAUUAAAACUAUAAACUUUAAUUUGGACCCUGUAUUGAACACUGGACUUAGUGGUUUAAAUAGACUUCAUCUAACUUUUAGGUUUCUGGAAAUGGGGUGAGUUUCUUUGUUGAGAUGGUUCCUUCAUCAGCUUCUAUGGGGCAAAAGCUAUACAGGUAGUCUUUAGCUUAUGACCAUUUGUUUAGUGACUAAAGUAACAACAGUACUGAAGAAGAUGACUUAUGACUAGUUGGCCCACUUCCCAUAAUCACACUACGACACCAUUCCAUUUCCAGCCAACUGGAGCUUGCCAAAAUGUUUUGAGAACACAGAUGUUUGGGGGUAGUCCACAUAUUUUCUCAGGGUGCCUGGCCUUGGGUUGCUGGUACAAACUAGAUCCAGCUGCUCUGAUCUUUUAUCACCUGUCAUUCUCCCUCCCGUUUUCCCAUCACACACACACAGCGCUUUAUUGCCCUUCUAUCCCUUCCUCCUCCCCCCCCUUUCCAGUUUUUGAUUGCAGGAUGCCCAUGUGAUGCCAAGCUGAGCCAAGCAGAUCUGACAUUCUACCCCCUUUGACAGAGAUGUUAGUUCAGCAAAAGAAAAAGAAGAGGGGAGGGAAAGAUACACAAAUAUUCUAAAUUAGCAAAUAGUUCAAUGGGGUUUAUCUGGGUAUUGAUCAUAGAAUUUUAAAAGCAGUUUGGGGUUUUGAUAUGUAGGGAGUCAACCCAUUCAGUGUCUGAGGGGGGAAAGUCCUUCUAAGUUACCAAAUAUUGGGUUUUCCCCCAAUGCAUACAAGAUCUUUCACUUCAAAGUGCUGUUCUCCCUCUGUCACAAUGGGGUUGGGAGGUGGUUGCAAUUCGGGAUGGAAAGAAGAUGUGAUUUCUGGUUUCAACAGGCUGCAAUGAAAUACUGGGUAUACACAUCUGAGCAUUUUUGGCAACUCAACAAUCACUGGGCUAAUAAUACUUUUAUUGGGGAAAGUAUUUCAGCCCCAAUUUUUGGGAUGGUUCUCUAGAUUGUAAGUAUUUGGUAGACUUUGUCUCCCACUUUGGCUAAAUGUGCUUUUUAUCGACUUGUUUUUGUAUGUUUCCCUAGUUUCAUCCAAAGUUUUUCUCCCCACUGGGAGAAGAUGGAGAAUAUUCCAAAUCCCACCACGGUACUUAAAAUUAAUGCUUUCCUUAUUUAAUGGGGAUGGUAGGUAGAGGGACCGGGCUGCCAUCGAAAACGGAAAGAAAAAUACAACUAAAAUGAAAUAAACGUGGAGGCUAUUUCUUCUGAAUGACUUCCUUCACGUUGGCUUCCUCCCUGUUUCUGCCAUCGAUUUGUAAGUUUAGGCGCUGCAGAGACAGGACCCGUGUUGACUUUGGCCUCCGGAGAUAGCCUUGCGUGCCGGUGCAAACCAACAAGCAGAAGAGGGUUGUUAGAGGCAAGGGACGGAUGGUGGGAGGGAAGAGGCUCCUCUUACAGCUGGGUUUGUUUACAGCUCAAGCCGAGUCUUAAAUAGAUGUUUGCGUGGAAACCCUGAGAGAGGGCGGAGGUAGAGCGGGACACGUUACUUUGGGAGACAUGAAUCAUCCCAGAAGUACACAGUGCGAGGUCGAGGUAGCAGAGAGCGACCUGCAGAGCGCGUGUGGCUUCGCUCUGCCCCUCUCGAGCCGUCCCCGCUCCCUUUCUUCCCCAAACAUGGCCGAAAACGGGGGCGGUUUUCUGGAGCAACUCAAGUCCUGCAUCAUCUGGUCCUGGACGUACUUGUGGACUCUCUGGUUCUUCGCCAUGCUUUUUCUCGUCUACAUCUUGAGGAUACCUUUAAAGAUCAAUGACAACCUGACCUCAGUGAGUAUGUUUUUGAACACGUUAACACCCAAAUUCUACGUUGCCUUGACAGGCACUUCUUCAUUAAUCUCAGGGCUUAUUUUGAUAUUUGAAUGGUGGUAUUUUCGGAAGUAUGGAACGUCCUUCAUCGAACAAGUCUCUGUGAGUCACUUACGCCCUCUGCUGGGUGGGGUUGACAACAAUUCUCCCAGUAACUCAAAUACAAGCAAUGGGGAUUCAGAUUCCAACAGACAGAGUGUUUCAGAAUGUAAAGUCUGGCGAAAUCCCCUAAAUUUGUUUAGAGGGGCUGAAUAUAACCGAUACACCUGGGUGACUGGAAGAGAACCAUUGACAUAUUACGAUAUGAAUCUUUCAGCACAAGAUCAUCAAACAUUUUUCACAUGUGAUACUGACCAUUUAAGGCCUGCAGAUGCCAUAAUGCAAAAAGCUUGGAGAGAAAGAAAUCCACAGGCCAGAAUUUCUGCAGCACAUGAAGCUUUAGAGUUAAAUGAGUGUGCCACUGCUUACAUUCUCUUGGCAGAAGAGGAAGCAACAACUAUUGUGGAAGCAGAAAAACUGUUUAAACAGGCUCUGAAAGCAGGUGAAGGCUGCUACAGGCGUAGCCAACAAUUACAGCACCAUGGUACCCAAUAUGAAGCUCAGCACAGACGGGACACUAAUGUAUUAGUCUACAUUAAAAGGAGGCUGGCAAUGUGUGCGAGAAAACUGGGGAGAACCAGGGAAGCUGUGAAAAUGAUGAGAGAUUUGAUGAAGGAAUUCCCUCUUCUUAGUAUGUUCAACAUCCACGAAAAUUUGCUAGAAGCUUUGCUGGAGUUACAAGCAUAUGCAGAUGUUCAAGCUGUUUUAGCAAAAUAUGAUGAUAUAAGUUUACCAAAAUCAGCAACAAUAUGCUACACAGCUGCCCUUCUCAAAGCUAGAGCUGUCUCUGACAAGUUUUCUCCAGAGGCAGCUUCAAGAAGAGGUCUAAGCACAGCAGAAAUGAAUGCAGUGGAAGCUAUUCACAGAGCAGUAGAAUUUAAUCCACAUGUGCCAAAAGAAACCCAGAGCUAGCCUGACUUUACUGCAGCCAUGGUCCCUCGGGAUCGGGAAAAAGGAAGAGUGGGAAGAGAAGCCCAUGGGAGAGACACUCGCCCAUGGGAGCCAUGGCAUCUGCUGGCAGGAGACGUGAGUAGAGCUGGAGGAGUUGGAGGAAGAAGCAAUCGCAGGCGAGCUGGAUCGUGAGGACUGGAUGCUGGAGCAAGCCAUAAAGUUCCUGAGCAGGGAUUUUGGCAACCUCAAAACAUGAGAAGGCCUUAGCACACCCUGCUAACCAGCCAGCUCUGGUUAUGGUGAGCGAUGGAGCAACCAUGUCUUCCGCCACAAUAGCAGCAGCAGUGGGCCCCACAGCAGCGGCAGCUGGCCCUGCAUCUGGCCCCACAGCCCAGCCUGCCCUGGCUAUAGUAGCAGCAGCAGUGCAAUGGAGAGACACUAGCCCUAGCCGUAAAGUUCAACAGAGACCCAAAGAAGUUGGGGUUCUUCUUACUGCAUGUCUGGACAUACAUGCAAGAGUAUGGUCCAGAAAUGGCCACCAAAGGGGCCAAGGUGCGGUGCGUGACCAAGGCAUUGGAGGGUACCACAGCUGAAUGGAUGGUCAUCCUCCACACCGAUGUCUCAGAACUGAGAAAUUUUGACUGCUUCAUGGCCAUCCUUCAGAAGAGCUUUGAAGGCCCCUUAUUGCAAAUUGCAAAGCCAGAGACCACAUAAAAACCAUCAGCCAAGGGCGCAGGGAAGAGGCCGAAUACACCCAAGAGUUUUGCGACCUGGCCUGCUAACUGACCGACUGGCCAGAAGAUGGUUCUGAUGCUUCUAAAAUGGGUUAAUCAACAAUGUCUACAACACCUGUAUCUCCAGGGGUGCCCCCCCCACACUUCAUGGCUGAUAUGUCCUAGCAGAAGAAGUGGAAAUUGACCUGGCUCAAUCCAAAUACCGUCUGAGCCCUGGAUAGCGAACAUCCUUCCCUGAAACAAAAGAGGCUCCAAAACUGCCAGCAUGCGAGCAGAGUCCACACUGAUGAUUCCCUGGCUGCUUCAGGUGUGGGAAGGAGGGGCACUGAGCUGUUGACUGCUAAGCUGCAUCCUAACCCAGAAGGCAGUUUUGAGUACUGCCAAAAUAUUGGCAAAACCACCACAGAGAAACCACAAGACAGUCCUGAAGGGAGUAGAGGUCGUAGAGUGCACCCCAUCCCCCAAGGAUGGUGAGAGAAUUCCGACUGGCCCAGUGGACAGUCCAGCAAGAAGCAAAUCAUACUACAAUGAUGAU